AGUACCAUUUCCCGCCACAAACGCCUUUCUUCAUCCUCUCUCUUUCUCUUCCUCUUUUUCCCGCCACAUAUAUCUUCCACAACAACAACAGAAAAAGACAAUGCUAAACACAAAACCUUACAGUACCAAACUCCAAAACAAGAUGAAGGCCACAUCCAAAUUCAUCAUGGCAGCAACCUUGGUUAUGGUGGUAACCCUUGCCAUUGUUCUAGGUCUCAUUCUAGUGCUUCUGGCGGAACUCUACUGUUCCCUCUUACUCCACCGCCGCCAGCUCAGAAAAAAAAACAACUCCAACACCACCAUCCCCAUCUCCGCCACUCCAGCCACCACAACAACAUCAAAGGCUCCACCUUUACUCACACCACACUCUCCUCCUCCUCCUCCUCCUCCUCCCUUCGCCAGUGCUUACUCACAAGGGGUUCUCCAAGCCCCCAGAAGCUUCCUUUUCCCAUGCAAAGAUGAACAAAACCCAACCCCGCGUGGCAUUGGCCUUGUUUCUAUCUCUUCACCAUCUCCACUGGCAUCAUUCUUGGCAAGAGCUCCUCCACCUCAGUCUCUUCAACCCGGCGCCGAUGAGAAGCCUUGUGGCGGUGGAGUGGAGCACCUUGUGUACAUUUCCAACCCCAUUUACGAGAACGAGUUAGAGGUCAAAGCAAGUAGAGUGAACACCCCGUUUGAGACACCGAACACUUCGCCCUCUCGUUUAGAAAGAAGUGGCUCUUCCGGGGAAGAUGACGAUCGUAACGGUGGUGGUGCUUGUGGCUGUUCUCGUUCACCACCUUCACUUACACCUCCUCUCACCCCUAUGAAGAAACUCCCCGCAGAAGGGUCUUCUGUUUCUCUUAGAGAUGCCACCUCCUUAGGUACUUCAGGCAGUGAUACUCAAAGCAUCAAUGGACCUUCUUCUUCUUCCUGGGAUACCCCUUCUACUUCUCCUUCGUGGUGAUUAUCAUGUGGUAUUGUUCCAACCAGAACUGUUAUCUAUUCAGUCUUCAGACAUAACAGAGUUUUCAAGUCGAUGAGAAACUUCUGACAGAACUCAUUGUAUAUCACUUAGAACUUGAUCAAGCUAUGGAGUGGGAAUCAUGUGACAUUUUUUUCUAGAACCAUAUGUCUGUUGAUUCAGUUAGUUCUCACAUGAUACUAUUACGAAAA